AGAGCACUGAAUAUCUAACUUCGUCUUCAUCUUCCUCCUCUGCUCCUUCUCAUGGCCAAAAUGGAAGGGAUUGAUGUUUCCAUGAUGCUUGUUCUGUUUAUGGUGUUAAGCACUUUUAGUAGAAGUAUUCAUGGAUCAGAAGAAGAGACUGACAGAAUAUUAGCACUUCCAGGGCAGCCAAAAGUCUCUUUUCAACAGUUUUCAGGCUAUGUCACAGUUAACAAAGUUGCUGGAAGAGCCCUCUUUUACUGGCUUACUGAGGCUGCUCAACAACCCCUUUCCAAACCCCUUGUCAUUUGGCUCAAUGGAGGUCCUGGUUGCUCUUCUGUGGCAUAUGGAGCAUCCGAGGAAAUAGGCCCAUUUAGAAUCAACAAGACUGCCUCAGGGUUGUACCUCAACAAGUUCUCAUGGAACACCGUGGCCAACCUCUUGUUCCUCGAAACUCCGGCAGGCGUUGGCUUCUCCUACAGCAACCGCUCCUCUGACUUGCUUGAUACUGGUGAUCGUCGAACCGCUGAGGAUUCACUAGAAUUCUUGAUCAGAUGGCUGGACCGAUUCCCACGUUACAAGCACCGAGAAGUCUACAUCACCGGAGAGAGCUAUGCAGGGCAUUAUGUUCCUCAGUUCGCUAGACAGAUCAUGCUCCACAACCAAAAGUCCAAGAAUCCAAUAAAUCUCAAAGGAAUAAUGGUUGGAAAUGCAGUAACAGACAAUUACUAUGACAACCUUGGCACAGUGACAUACUGGUGGAGUCAUGCUAUGAUCUCUGACAAAACAUAUCGGCAGCUCAUGAACACUUGUGAUUUCAGGAGGCAGAAAGAAUCCGAUGAGUGCGAAUCACUGUAUUCCUAUGCGAUGGAUCAAGAGUUUGGGAACAUUGACCAAUACAACAUCUAUGCACCACCUUGUAAUAAGUCUGAUGGUACCACUUCUACUCGCCAGAGUAUGCGACUGCCUCAUCGACCCCAUAAGAUGUUGAGGAAAAUAGCAGGGUAUGAUCCAUGCACAGAGAAGUAUGCAGAGAUUUACUACAACAGGGCUGAUGUGCAGAGGGCACUACAUGCUAACAAAACCAAGGUACCUUACAAAUGGACUGCUUGCAGUGAAGUUCUAAAUCGUAAUUGGAAUGACACUGAUGUAUCUGUUCUUCCAAUUUACCGGAAAAUGAUUGCUGCAGGUCUGAGAAUUUGGGUUUUCAGUGGUGAUGUAGAUUCAGUUGUGCCGGUUACUGCCACUAGAUACUCUCUUGCACAACUCAAAUUAACAACCAAAGUUCCAUGGUAUCCAUGGUAUGUUAAAAAGCAGGUUGGAGGCUGGACAGAGGUGUACGAAGGGCUAACAUUUGCGACGGUAAGGGGGGCAGGCCAUGAAGUACCACUUUUCAAGCCAAGAGCGGCCCUUGUGCUAUUUAGAUCAUUUUUGAAAGGGCAACCCCUUCCAAAAUCUUGAGGGGAAAAACAAGCAGGGGACUAAGAAAGGAUCAAUUUCUGUACUGUUAAUGUUGAAGACAAAAAGAACCACAAAAGACUCUUGCCUUUUUACCAUUGAAAAAUGGGUAGAGGGAGGGAGAGGAGGAAUAUUGAGUAAUGAGCACUAUUGUAAUAGAAGAGGGGAGUAGAGAAAAUGAAAUGAAGUGGAGGUUUUUCUUUUUUUAAAAGAAAAUCUGUUUUUUGUUGUAGAUUUGUUUGGAUCAGAAAUUAGUAGGAAUAGUGGAAAUUAAGCGAAAGGACAGGCAUUUAGACUUUAGCUUAUUAUCUUCCUCCACUAAAAAAGAAAAGAAAAGAACUUUGGAGUUUGGACUUCUUUAGACCUUCAUCUUUUGCAAUGAUGUCAUUGGAAAUUUUAUUGGAUAAAAUAGAAAACUUUUU